UGUUUUUUUUUUUUCUUAAUUCAAGUGAUAAUAUAAACACUCAGUCAUCAAGAUGCAAUCUUUUAAAGCUGACGAAUUACCGGAGAAUCCUCGCGAAACCGCAAAUGUUUUAUCAUCACUAAUGUUUUGCUUUGCUAUGCCCACAUUUUUUAAAGGGCGUAAAAGAGUGUUGAAUGAAACGGAUCUUUAUCAGGCUUUACAGGAACACAAAUCAUCACGUAUUGGACAUAAACUUAACCAUGCUUGGGAAGUUGAAUGUGAAAAACAAAAGCAUAAAAAAAAGGGACCAAGCUUACUGAAAGUGCUAUUAAAAGUCUUCGGUGGUCAUUUCUGCCUCUUGGCUAUAGGAUUACUUAUUAUGGAAUUAGGUUUAAAAGUUUCUCAGCCAUUAUUUUUGGGUAAAUUGAUAGCCUCUUACUCUGAGGUAGACGUUGACAAUGAAGCUGAAGUUCUCAAUACUUAUCUAUAUGCGCUGGGUGUUAUCUUAACUAAUGCGUUUAGCGUAUUCAUAGUGCAUCCGAAUAUGUUGGGUCUUUUGCAUUUGGGCAUGAAAGUUCGCGUAGCUUUAUGCAGUUUAAUUUAUCGGAAAGCCUUACGUUUAAGUAAAAUAUCUUUGGGUCAAACUACAACGGGUCAAGUUCUAAAUCUUAUAUCAAAUGAUGUGGGACGUUUCGAUACCUCAGUUAUACAUUUGCAUUAUCUAUGGAUUGGUCCGUUGCAAGUAAUAAUUGUGACUUAUUUAAUGUACAGAGAGAUCGGCAUAGCUUCCAUAUUUGGUGUGGCGAUUAUGAUUGUCUUUGUGCCUUUGCAAAUGUUCUUGGGUAAGAAAACGUCCAGUUUACGUUUGCUUACAGCACUGAAAACGGACGAACGCGUCCGUAUGAUGGCCGAAAUGCUAAAUGGCAUGCAAGUAAUUAAAAUGUACGCCUGGGAAAUUCCAUUGAGUAAAAUGGUUCAUUAUUGUCGGCAAAAAGAAAUGAGCAUCAUACGUUAUGUUAAUUACAUACGCGGGAUUAUGCUUAGUUUUAUCGUGUUUUUAACACGCUUCUCGAUUUUCGCCAGCUUGGUUGGCUAUGUGUUACUAGGUAGUUUCCUGUCAGCCGAAAAAGCUUUUGUCAUUACCGCCUAUUAUAAUACACUAAGAGUUGCUAUGACCGUCUUCUUUCCCGCUGGUAUUACUCAAUUCGCUGAGACAUGGGUGUCAAUCAAACGAAUGCAAAAGUAUAUGCUGCUGCAGGAAACGAAUCUAUCAGAGAAAUCAUUAAUGCAGACAGAAAGUAAAGGCUUAAAUGUUGAAGACACCUUUCCAUUCAUUUACAAACCGCAUAGGAGUUCUGGUGUUCUUAUUGAAAAUCUGUCCGCGAAAUGGGAUACAAAUUCCUCAGAAAAUACUUUGCAAACAAUUAACUUACAUAUAAAACCAAAACGUUUGGUUGCAGUCAUUGGUCCAGUUGGUGCUGGUAAAUCAAGCUUAAUUCAAACUAUACUCGGAGAACUGCCAGCUGAUUCCGGUUCAAUUAAGGUUGACGGUGUGAUUUCUUAUGCGUCUCAAGAACCGUGGCUUUUCACUGGCACAGUACGUCAGAAUAUACUUUUCGGUUUACGCAUGGAUCGCCAGCGUUAUCGUACGGUUAUCAAAAGAUGCGCUUUAGAAAGGGAUUUUGAACUAUUGCCCUAUGGCGACCGGACUGUAGUGGGUGAACGUGGAGCUUCGUUAUCGGGUGGCCAAAAGGCACGCAUCAAUUUGGCUCGUGCCGUUUAUCGUCAAGCUGAUAUUUACCUGCUCGAUGAUCCUUUAAGUGCUGUUGAUGCGCAUGUCGCCCGCCAUUUAUUCGACCAAUGUAUGCGUAAUUAUUUAAGCGAAAAAAUUGUUAUUCUGAUAACACAUCAGUUGCAAUUCUUGGAACAAGCCGAUUUAAUAAUUAUAAUGGAUAAAGGUCGCAUAACCGCCAAAGGUACCUUCGAAUCGAUGCGUGAAAGUGGCUUGGAUUUUGCCAAACUACUUUCACAUGCGGAAGAAGAACAAGAGGACACACUCUCGUUGAGGUCUGCAGAUGAACGUCGCAGUUCUAAGUCGAAAAAAGAUAAUUUAUUCCUGCGGCAAGCUAGCAUAUCGUCCAGAUUAUCGUUGACAGAGUCAGCGACUGGAGAAUUGCCUCGGCAAGUUGAAGAAUCUCGGGAAGAGGGUAAAGUGGGUUUGAAAUUAUAUCACAAAUAUUUCAAAGCAAGUGGCAGCUACUUGAUGGUAGCGGUUGUGGUCUACUUUUGUUUAUCCACGCAGAUAAUAGUUUCAGCUUCUGACUACUACCUCUCAUUUUGGGUUAACAAGAACGAAAUAAAUCCUUCCGAUAUUACGGAGACAUCCACAGACACUAUAGACAUCUAUAUAUUCACCGGCCUCACGGUGGGUUUGAUAGCUUUUACCGUAAUACGCGGUUUCUUGUUCUUCAGCUUAGCCAUGAAAUCAUCUACAAAUUUACACAAUGAUAUGUUCAUGGGCAUAACCAGAGCGCCUAUGUAUUUCUUUAAUACCAAUCCAUCAGGAAGAAUAUUAAAUCGGUUCUCAAAAGACUUGGGACAAGUAGAUGAGAUUCUGCCUAAUGUCAUGCUGGAUACUAUUCAAAUUUUCCUCUCACUUGCUGGUAUUUUGGUUGUUUUGUGCGUAAUUAAUCCUUGGUACUUACUGGCCACUGCCAUUAUGGGAAUAAUAUUUUACUUUUUACGUUCUUUUUACCUGAAAACUUCUCGAGACGUUAAGCGUUUGGAAGGCAUCACUCGCUCUCCCAUCUACACGCACGUGAGCGCUUCGUUAAAUGGCUUGGCUACUAUACGAGCUUUCGGCGCUGAACGGAUAUUAAUUUCCGAAUUUGAUAAUUAUCAGGAUUUGCACAGUGCCAGUUUUUAUAUGUUUUUGGCAACCACUCGCGCCUUUGGCUAUUGGUUGGACUGUUGGUGUGCUCUAUAUAUAGCUGUUAUAACUCUCAGUUUCUUUGUGUUUAAUCCUGAGAGUAGUAGCGAUGUGGGCUUAGCCAUUACUCAAGCUAUGGGAAUGACGGGCAUGGUUCAGUGGGGUAUGCGGCAAUCGGCUGAAUUAGAAAACACUAUGACUGCUGUAGAACGCGUGGUUGAUUAUGGCAGCAUACAAGCAGAGGGCGAAUUGGAAACACGGCCUGAUAGGAAACCACCUCAAACCUGGCCUGAGAAAGGUCAUAUAGUUCUAGAACAUUUAAGCUUACGUUAUUCACCAGAACCUAAAACCGAAGCGGUACUAAAAUCUUUGAAUGUUGAUAUCAAGCCCGGUGAGAAAAUAGGCAUUGUAGGUCGUACAGGAGCGGGGAAAUCUUCGCUAAUUAAUGCCUUGUUUCGUUUAUCGUACAAUGAAGGCAGCGUUAUUAUAGAUCAAAUAAAUACUAACAAUUUAGGUUUACAUGAUCUCCGCAAGAAAAUCUCCAUAAUACCACAAGAACCAGUUUUAUUCUCAGGUACCAUGCGCUAUAAUUUGGAUCCAUUUCACGAAUACUCAGAUGACAACUUAUGGAAAGCCUUAGAAGAAGUCAAACUUAAACAAGCGAUAGUAGAAAUGCCGCAAGGCCUACUUAGUACAAUAACGGAAUCUGGUCAUAACUUCAGUGUGGGACAGCGACAAAUGGUUUGCUUGGCUAGGGCUAUACUACGUGAGAAUCGUAUACUCGUUAUGGAUGAGGCGACUGCCAAUGUAGAUCCUCAAACUGAUGCUCUCGUUCAAACCACAAUACGUCAAAAAUUCAAAGAUUGCACGGUACUUACUAUAGCUCAUCGCCUGAAUACUAUAAUGGAUUCUGAUAAAGUAUUAGUUAUGGAUGCGGGGCGUGCUGUAGAAUUUGCACCACCUUAUGAGCUAUUAACGGAAAGCAAAGUAAAAGUAUUCUAUAACAUGGUCAAAGAAACGGGUCACACAAAUUUUGACAAUUUAUUAAAAAUAGCUCAGACAGCCUACGGAAGCCAUAGUAGAGAGCAAUGAACCUUUUCAACUAUAAUGAAACAAUAAAACAUAAAG